CUCUCGAGCUCAUAAUCGUAUUGUUUAAUAGUGUGAACUAGGCCUUAUAGAAAAUAGAAAGUUUAUGAGAAGACUACUGCGAAUAAAGAAGGGUCUUUUAAAUCUUGUUCUAUCUGAACUGAGUUCAGAGAGUUGUGAAAUCUUGACAAACCCAUUGCGAAUGCUUAUAAAUAAACUUUUGAUAUUUUGUACGAACUUCCUUAGCUCAUCUUCGGUUUAUCUUCUUAAUUCCAGGUUGUCUUUUCAACUUGCGACACAGAUACGCUGCUGUAUUGUUUUUAAAGAAUUCGGACUGUCCCCGUUAUCACUCAUUCUACCGCGGGUACCUACUGACAUUUGCCUGAUCUUUAUUGUCGCGAGGUUUGCUGUCCUCCUCUCGCUACGAUUUCGACAAAGAUGGCUCCAAUCAGCUGAAAGUGAUUCUAAUUCAAGCUCUUUGGUAAAAGAGCCAGAUAUUAUUCAUGUGAAGCUGACAUUAGGCCAGGGAUCGCCUUACUAUUCGGAUGGAGGGAAAUGGGUUUUGAAGCUACUGUACUUCAUUUAUAGACCCAGAACAGAUUUUAAAUUCUCCACUCAGCUGAUAUCAACGGUGGUGCUCGCUGGGAUCGCCAUCUUUCAAAUGUUGUUGUUGGAAGUCAUAGUUUUAGAGAAUUUGAAAGAAGAUUUGAGCAAUAUUUUGGGAAUCAAACUUUUUCGUUUAUUGCAAGGUUGUUUUCAUGGAGCUUAUGUUUUAUCUGCCCUGAUGUCGUUAAUAACAAUGCUUCAUUUCUUGAAGUGCCACAGAGAUCACGUGCUUCAGCUUUGUCGUGGCCAACGAGGCUUUAUGCAGAAUGUUUGCCUCUCACCUGCCUCUUUUGUGGGAAGAAGCAUUUCUUUUACCGGCUAUCAAAUUGCCCAUGCUUUGUGGGGUCUCGUGGUCUGGUCGUUUCUAUUUUUCUUUCUGUUUUUUGUACCUGCAUUCUUACUUGCUUACACAGAUAGAAAAAGGCUAAUCUCGUGGGUUGCAGGAAGAUCUAUACCAUCAGCUGUUAUGGCGUUUUUCCUGUGGACGUUUCAACGUAUUUUCCUCUCCCGUUGGGUCUUUCGCGACAGAGAUUUCCCGAAUUUCACUGUCACUAUUGACAAUCGACGGCUGUUUUCUAUAAUCUCUUACGCGUUCGUUUUCCUCAACGUCAUUGUGGGUUUGUUUUCAUGCUUGUUACGUGUAAUAAAAGGAAUGAUACUGGGGCUUUUCUUCUUACCUCGCCUCGACCGAACUUGUUUAAUGCAAGGAUUUCAGAGAUGGGACAAAGGUUUUGUUGCGUACCUUGGUUUUGUCACUGUACUGGUCGCCCACAGACACCCCGUGAUGUUGGUGUUCUGUCAGCUGCUGAUAGACAGAAACAAAGUACAACAGCCAGAUAAAGAGACCGAGUCACAAAAUCCAAGCCAUGUCAAGGAAGCUAAAGGAUCUGCAGGUGUGUAACAUUCGUGCUGAAUUUCCCUUAGUUUGUAAUAAUUAAGCAAAAAAUUGAAUAGUCUCGCGAUAGAGUGUGCUUCACUUUGAUGAUGCGAAUAGUGCGGACCUGUAUGAAAUAUAAAAAGGAUGUGUGUGCUCUUCGUUCCUUUUAGGGGUUAAAAAAGUGGUUUUGGUAUGUCUUAGGGUGUUCCGCCUCAAAAAGUCCACGGUGGAAGCUUUGCGGUACCUUUUAGGGUGUUGAGCCGAAAAAAAUAUGACAGCAGAUAAUAACGCUUUUAUCGAUCGAUAAAACGCAGUUAAUGGAACAUGACACCCCUUGAGGGUUAGGCUGUUUUCGUUCGUCACGCAAUCCAGUAGGGUAAACAUGAAUGAACGUUCCCCUAUUCUUGUAGUCAGCACAAACACUUACGGUCGGUCCGUAUGGUAAAAAACUGUGACCGAGGUAUCGAAAAAAGCUGGACCGGUCACGUGCGUAUGAUUAGCCAAUCAAAUUCGAGGAUUUAGGAUUCCGGCCCGCUCAGAUGCUUGAGAAAAAAAUAAAGUAAAAUAUCUUAGCUUCUCCUAGAUUGGCCCAUAUAUUUGUUAACCCCAUUCAUUGCUAACAAGCACGCCACGUUGCGCCUAUUUAGUUCAUAGUAUAGCUGUAACUGUUAGUCGAACUAUGAGACACUGUCUUGCUAUAUAAAUUUCAAUACACUGUCAGAAGGCAUUAUCCUGGCAGCUUGGACGAGAGUACACAGUUUGUAACAAUUUAGCUGUAAAAUUUCCCACCCUCACUCCCUUGGAGAAGGGCUUUUAUUUGUUAUUUGCCAUAGACUGGGGUCACUCCUUGUGGUUCGGUUAAUUGUACGUAGCGACUUCCCCCAAGCUUUGGCAUUGCGUGUGUCGUGCCAUAUUGUAUCUAGCCUUUAUCUUGUCCGAUCGAGCCUGUGCUUUGCUGAGGAGAUAAGAAGGGCUCUGACCAGGAAAAUGGGGCAGAAUACCGGAGCGAAAUAGUUCUGCAUUUUUAUCAACCUCUUGUACUUCACCCAUUGGGCGCCAUUUUGAAUUUCAUCCAAGCGAAACGUGACGUCACACUGGCAGUGAUGAUUCAACAAUGUUUAACUUGGAGACGCCCUCUCCCUCCUGGCUCUGACGAUACUCUUGUUCUAUUCCCACGUUGGAGGGGGAAUAACCUGGUUGCGUUACAUUCUACACUUGGUAACUCUUAGGGGCGAAAAAAUUAAAGCCUUGCCCACAAUACAGGAUCUUGGUACCUCUUAGGGGUUCUUUUCAAAAUUUUCGACGAGCACACACGUCUUUUUUUAUACG